AACACCACUACCUAUCACAGUGUCUGUCUAUUGCUUUGAUUCUCUUCAAAGUCCACCUGCACCUUAUCUUUCCUUUUCCAUCGUUGACGGCGCAGCCUUCUUAUCCUUUCAAUCAUCACCAUUUAUGGCCCGUCAACGCUUGCUGUUUCUGCGACUCUGACACAACCAAAAACCACCACCAUGGAAACUGGAGCUGGAAUCGAAACACCCUGUCGAUUUCAAUCCGUGUCCAGAUUGAUACUAUGUGCUCUCUCUGGAGCUCUCACUGGCUGUUUUGCAAUUGCUGGGGCUCUCACAGGAGCUCUAGCAGGCGCUUUAGCAGCUAAGGCUACCAAGAGUGGUUUUUUCCGGGGAGUUUCGUUGGGUGCCAUUGCUGGGGCUAUACUCUCGGUGGAGGUGUUGGAAGCUUCCCGGGCCUACUGGUGUAUGGAGCAAACUGGUUCACGGGGUGCAUCAUCUAUGGCAGAUUUCAUAGAAGAACUUGUUCGUGGAAGGCUUGUAGAGGAAUCACUUACACCUGCUAUUUUAACUGCUUACAACUUGCAAUUUGAGCAGGUCGGGGUUGCAAACACAGGCUAUGAUGAUAUUCAUGAUGUUCAUAACUUAGUAGCAUCCAGAGGACUGUCAGGGGACUCAUUGAAGAAACUGCCGCACCAUAUGAUUUUGAAGGACAUGAAGGCAGAGAAUUCUUACUGUACAAUAUGUUUGCAGGAUAUUGAAGUAGGCGAAAUUGCAAGAAGCCUACCUGACUGUCACCAUACAUUUCACUUGAUAUGCGUUGACAAGUGGCUUGUCAAGAAUGAUUCAUGUCCUGUCUGCAGACAGAAUGUGUAGUUUGUUCAUUUUGGGUGGGCUGGUGUAUAUGUUGUAUUAUUUGUUUCUUUAAUGCAAGCUCUUAAUUUCCAUCAAGUGGGAAAGAGUAUUUUGUAUAGUAGAAGUAGACAUUGUCAUUUUGUACUGUGCUGUAAUAUAAUGCAAUAAUGGUCUUUGGUAGAAAAGUGAAUGUCUAAAAAUAAUGCUUUGAGAGAUAAAAAUGAAAGUAAAUGGGCCGCUCACAUGUUUAUAAA